AUGACACCGAAAGAAAAGAAACGAUUCGAAGACCUGGCAGCUGUUGACAAGGAACGGUUUAACAGAGAAAUGAGCGAAUAUGUCCCACCGGAGGGAAUGAAAAAAGGGAAAAAAAGGAAGGCUCCACGGGACCCUACACUUCCGCGUCGCGCAUGGUCGGCUUUUUUCUUUUUCUGUGACGAACAUCGAGCUCACGUUAAAGAACUAAAUCCCGAAUAUAAGGUUGCAGAUGUGGCAAAGGAGUUAGGUCGUCAGUGGGAAACCUGUCAAGACAAAGCAAAGUACGAACUUUUGGCACAGCAAGACAAGCAGCGAUACGAAGAGGAUAUGGCCAAAUACCGUGCGGGCGUCUACGUGCCAGUCCAGAAAAAACCGGCGGGGUCAGUCUCUAACCCCACCAUCCCGGAUCCUGUCGAAACUCUUGCUUCCGAUACAAACGCUGUAAGCGGUCCUGGAGGGGAUGAAAACGGAGGUGAAAUAGAAGAGGAUGACGAUGCAGAACAGGACGAUGGUGAAGAAGAAUGA